AUGAAGGCUUUUAUCUGGAUCUUUGCCACAUUUAUUGUUACUUCCUCCGCCGGAUUUAUAGGCAGUGGUGGAAGUAGAGCAUUGGGAAGCGGUGGCAUUGGUGGUCACCGUACUGGUGACGUGGACACAGUUGUUGUUCAUCACCACCACGGAGGAUUUUCCGGAGAUCAUUUUCACACAGGACACCCGGAAGUUCAAACUGUCAAGGUUAUACAUCACGAUGUGGCUACAAGUUCACACUUAGGUGGAGCUCCUGGUUUCGAUGGUCAUGGUAAUCAAUAUGGCGGUUUCACUUCGACUGCUGGUGUUGGUCUUGUUAAAACAGUUAAUAUAAUUCAUCAACAUGGUAGUCACGGAUUCGGUGGAUUUAAUGGAGGAUUUGCCUCUGAUCAUUCUCAUGUUGGAGCUCCUCAUCACGAGGUUAAAACUAUUAAAGUAAUCCAUGAAGAAGAUGGCCACUCACAAAUUGGUGGUUUUACUGGUGGAAUACAUGACCACCCACAUGGUAGUCACCAUGAAGUCAAAACAGUUAAAGUAAUUCAUCAGGAUGCCGGGCAUGCACACGGUGCAAGUUUUGCUGGAGGUCUAGAUCACUCCUCCUAUGGCUACGAUCAUUCUUUAGUUGGUCAUCAUGCAACCAAAACCAUUAAAGUUUUUCAUCAAUUGGCUGGCCAAGAUCAUAGACACGUUGGUCACGAUCAAGGUCAUGUUGCUAAUACCGCAGCUCCUCUAUCGCCUGUAGCCCAUCACGAAGUCAAGACUAUCAAUGUCAUCCACCAUGCAGAACCGCCAAGUAACUCGUAUUUGCCACCAGUCUCGACACCAAUAGACUUUAACUAA